GGUUGGUGGUGACGUGGACAGGUCCGACCCAAGCUCCCGCGGCUUCCUCUACCCCGGGUCGGUGCCAAGGGCUGGACAAUCGGCGGGGUGGCUGCCCGGCUCCACCACCUCGGAACGUGCUAGGCGGCGGGUUUCGGGAUGACUUCGUGCGGAACGAUCAUUUAACGCUAACAAGGAAGGUGUCUCCCGACAAUGCAAAAACGUGCUGGUCAGAUGAUGUUUUAUGAGCACUAAAAUGAAGCACACGUUGUACAGAGGCUGUGGCAGAGCGAGGGGAAGGAGGCAGCCCUCGUGUCGCCGAAAGUCCCUGGCUAAGGCUUUCAUUACAGCACCUUCCUCAUUCCCUCACCCCACAUUCCUGGUGCCAACGAAUUUAACGCUGGCAAGUGCUCGGCAAACUUGACUUUCCUUUCACAUAUGGGCAGCUGGAACCCUGAACAAAAGCUGUAGAUGUCUGUGGAUCCUCAAGAUGCCGGUCUUACUCUUGGUCCUGGGCAUUGUGUUAUUUAUGUUCAGAAGUGUAUACCUUUAUACACAGUCCAGUAACCACAAACCACGGCUCCCUCACCCUGCUCCGGCUGCCGGGAUGCUGAAGCUUCUACCUAAGGAACAUGUCAGGAGCCUCUUUGCCUAUGAUGGAAUCUGGCUCUUCCCGAAAAACCAGUGCAAAUGUGAAGCCUCGGGACAUCAGGGAAGCUAUAACUUUGAGGAUGCCUAUGGCCAGAGUGACCUCCUUGCGGUGAAAAUGAGGAGACAGGCUGAAUUUGAACACUUUCAGAGGAGACGACCCAUGUGCCCCCAGAAUGAUGCAAAGAGGAAGCUCAGAGACCUGGUGACCAUUGCCACCAAAACUUUCCUCCGUCCCCACAAAAUCAUGACCAUGGUCCGGAGCAUUCGUGAGUAUUACCCAGAUUUGACCGUGAUCGUGGCUGAUGACAGCAAGGAGCCCCUGAAAAUUAAUGACAGCCACGUGGAGUAUUACACCAUGCCUUAUGGGAAGGGUUGGUUCGCUGGUAGGAACCUGGCCAUAUCUCAGGUCACCACCAAAUACGUUCUCUGGGUGGACGAUGACUUUCUCUUCAACGACAAGACCAAGAUUGAGGUGCUGGUGGAUGUCCUAGAGAAGACAGAACUGGAUGUGGUAGGCGGCAGUGUGCUUGGAAACGUGUUCCAGUUUAAGCUGUUCCUGGAGCACAGUGAGAAUGGGGACUGUCUCCACCGGCGGUCAGGAUCUUUCCGGCCCCUGGACGGCUUCCCCAGCUGCGUGGUGACGAGUGGCGUUGUCAACUUCUUCCUGGCCCACACAGAGCGGCUCCAAAGAGUGGGCUUCGACCCCCGCCUGCAGCGAGUGGCUCAUUCAGAGUUCUUUAUCGAUGGGCUCGGAAGCCUGCUUGUGGGGUCCUGCUCAAAUGUGGUUGUAGGUCACCAGCCCCGUUCUCCAGUGGCGGACCCAGAGCUGGCAGCCCUGGAGAAGAGCUACAACGUAUACCGGACCAACACCAAAGCUCAGAUCCAGUUCAAGUUGGCUCUCCACUACUUCAAGAACCAUCUCCAAUGUGCCACGUAAAGGUUGUCCGGGCACUGGAAAAGCGCUAUGCUGACCGGGUGCAGGUAUCUAAAACAGAGGAACUGGUGGAUGGGCUAUCAAAAUUUGAACUCUAGAUAAGAUGGACAGGGCAGAUGGGUCUGGCUCAGGUACUGGAAAUAUCAAUCAA